AUGUUCUUCGCGGGAGCUAGGUCGCGUCCCUCUAACCUGUCAGAUUUCCCGGAUUACCUCCUCCGUGUUCAGGCCCUACUACCCAGGAAACGCAGGCGGCGUGGGGUGCGCAGUGGCCGCCGGGUCAGGCUGAAGUCCUGGCUUGUUCUUUCACCGGAGCUCUUGAGGUUUCCAGUAAAUAUUCCACGGGACUCUGAGGCCUGCUGCCGACGCUUCCUCUCUCCACGUCAGCCGGCUCCUCUCACCGUGGCUUAG